AUGGAUGUAUCAAACAAUCAUCUUAUUUAUUGGAGAUUCUUUGUUUUAACUGUGAUUUCUUGGUUUGUACUUCCGGUUUACGGCCAGGGUUUUCAUGGAGCAGGGACUCCUUCAAACAUGUACGUAUCACCAUCAAGAUAUGGCGCCAGAAAUCCUUCCGCUCCUUCCGGGCAAAUCAUUCAGAAUUCAGCACUUCCGGCACAAAACAGUGUAAAGUACUCGGCAAAAAGAAAUGCUGCAAAACCGGGGCUUUGUCCAUCUGUUGUUUUGAUGACGUCAAAGAAAUGCCCGGAUGCUUGUGGUGAUGAUAAUGACUGUGCAGGAAUGAAGAAAUGUUGCCUUAAUGGCUGCGGUAAAAAAUGCACUGCGCCGGAAAUCCCGGCGAUCAAUCUUGUGAGUUCAGCACCGACUGAACAGAUCACAAAUAAACCAGAAAUGGUUCCAGAAGCCCUUUCUUCUCAAAUAAACGGAUCUCAUGCUAACAUUAACAAUUCACAGAGCACUGAAGCGCCACCUAGCGGUGGACUCCAUAACCAACAGAAUCAACCACCUAACGAGAAUAUUAAUCCAGUUGGGGGACCCAGUUUUAACAGUCGCAAUAUGAGCAGAGCAGACUUAAACAAUAGACCCAUUCCUUUUAGCUUUCUCCGAGGAUCAACGAGCGGAUCUAAUCAAAACAGUCCGAGAGGUGGAUCUAACAGUGCACCAAAUCAGAAUUAUUACUCUAUGGGUGGUACAAAUAAUCCACCUUCCAACCCCGUUAACAGGGAAAUUCUACAAAGGAAUUUCAGAGGUGGACCUAGAAAUCAGCCACCUCCGGAAUUUGCGAAUCCCUCAAGACAUUUUAACAAUUAUUCACCCGGUUCUAAUGGACAGCCAUAUGAUAGCAAUACCAAUGGCGGAUUUCACAACCAACAAGGAUUUCAGCAUAAUAUUCCAGCGGGUGGAUCGAGCACCAUAUCACCUAGAGUUAUGGGAGGCCAAAAUCAUAAUACGAACAUGCCUUCUGGACAACCUCAAAAUAACAAUCCAAUCGGAGAUCCACGUGUUCAACAAGGAUAUCACGGUAAUUCUUCCCCGGGCGGAUCAAAUAUUCCGAUGGGCGGAUAUAAUCCUGCAAACGUAAACAACAAUCAACAAAGCUACUCACCGAUUCCUCAAUAUGACUCUUAUGAUAAUCCAUCACAAGGGCAGCCCUUGUAUGGAAGAUCUAAUCAGUAUUCUAAUCCUGUCGGCGGAUCUUAUGUUCAAUCAGGUCCUCCUAGUAACCAGUACACGGAUCCAUUGGGCGGAUCUAAUGUUCAGUCAGGUCCACCAAAUAAUGAGUUCUCUAAUCCUGUAGGCGGAUCAAAUAUUCAAUCGGGUCCUCAAAAUAACCAGCAUGUUAACCCAUUGGGGGGAUCAAAUGUUCAGCCGAAUCCCCCGAAUAACCAAUAUUCUCAACCUGUAGGCGGAUCAAAUAUUCAGCCAGGUCCUCCAAAUAACCAGUAUUCUGAUCCUAUAGGUGGAUCAAAUAUUCAACCCGGUCCUCAAUAUAACCAGCAUUCAAGUCCUGUAGGGGGAUCAAAUAUUCAGCCGGGUCCUCAAUAUAACCAACAUUCAAGACCUGUAGGGGGAUCAAAUACUCAACCAGAUCCUCAUUAUAACCAGCAUUCUAGUCCUGUAGGCGCAUUAAAUCCUUCAAACAACCAGCACUCUUUUCCUAUGGGCAAAGCGCCUCAUAAUUCCCCUGGCGGUUACACCGGCCAUGAUGCAUCUGUUGUAGGAUUUAAUAAUCAACCAAGUGACCCAAGGAGCGGAUCUAAUGGUGCAACAUAUCAUCAGCCGCCCCAACAGGCUUCAGAACUUAUUCAAAAUAGUCAACAGAAUGAUGGAUCUAACUAUCAACCAGUAAGUGGAUCUAACCAGUACAACCAACAAAACGGAAGAUCUAAUUCACAACAAGGACCUCCACGUGUUGAAUAUAACAAUCAGUACACUCCUGAGACAGGCGGAAUUAACCAUCAGUUAAACAACCCGGAAAUUCAACCAAACAUUCCAUAUAAUAGCCCGUCACAAAGUACAUACGAAGUUCAAAGUCCACAUCAGCAACAGCCAAGUGGGGGAUCUAACAUCCGAUAUGAUAACACUCUCGGUAGACAAUACCGUCAAAACAACCCAGAUGGCGGAUCUAAUACUAAUGUUGGGGGAUCUAACAAUUUAUAUAACGUUCCUCUAUAUCAGACAACUCCAUUAUAUGACGUUCGCAAUGGUCUUUGUCCACAGCUCCGGAGCCGAGGAGUCUGUCAAGACGAAUGUUAUACAGACAGUGUGUGCCCGGCAGGAAGGAAGUGCUGUUCUAACGGAUGUGGAAGAGUUUGUAUGAUACCUGUGUUCGAGGGAUCGCAGUCCAUUCAUACAGUUCCUGAAGCGAUCCAAACACCAUUAAAAAAAGAACACCAAGUACGCGGAGAUCCAAUAAGCCACAUUGACCCCCACUCCUUGAAUCUUAUUGAGAUCCGCCCCUAUAGUGUCGGACAGUCACACAGCGCCGUACAAAUUCUCCCGUACGAUCACAGUGGCGGCCAUUAUGAUGUGGGUCAUGAGAAUACUAUUUAUAAUGAACUGGUACAUGAACCAUCUCAAAAUAGUGAUGCUUACAGUUACACAACUGAGCCCCCUUACGUAAAAUCUGAAACUAAGAGUUCGGGAGUAGAGAAUAUAAUGAACGGAAUUCCUUCAGAUAAAGCUAACUUGCUUCCAGGAAGCGCCGUCAAGUUCAAGCCAAGCGUCUUUGGUAGCUAUAAAAUUCUUCCUUUUAACAUGGAGAAAAUUAGAAAGAGAAAUAGUGUAAUAGAUAAUCAGUCAGGGGCUAUACCUCGUCGAGUUCAAAGCAGUGGUCCGGAAGUUCAAAACUCUCGGCCGUUUGAUGUUCGGAAGCCAGAAACUCAACCGAGAACCUCUCAAGUAAAACCAGCAGAACAAGGACUUGGUGGCACCGGUUCUGAACCUUGGAACAUGGUUUCAAAAGUUCAAGGCGGUCAAGGAACAUUUAAACAAACUAGACCAAAUGUGCAAUCACCGGAAGUCAGAAUUGAAAGACCCAGAAAGUACAAUCUUAAACCAAAAAAUCCAGGAAAGCAAACCAGACCACAGGAAAAAGGUAAACAAUAUCCUGAAGUUAAACUCCCGCAGAGAACACUUCAUGAUCUUCCAAAUCGUCGUGUACCGGAAGUGAUCAAUGAACAACAAAAAACCACAGCAGGCGUGAUACAAAGGGUUAAGCAAAUUAGGCCUUCUGUGGAUGGUUCAAAUGUUGUAAGAAAAGCAAAUUUAAACACGUUUAAAAUCGGAAAAAGUCAGAAUCACAACGGGGCUCUGAAGAUAACACCAUUGGAAACAGAAGGCUUUGCAUCUCAAAGUCUACAGACGUCAAAAGUCAGGACAGUACAAAAACCUAAAAUGCAAAAUUUUCAACGUAGUCCGCCAGUAGAGGUGGGGAGAGAGGGACCAAAAGUCAAAUAUACCACGACAAAGGAAACAAUGAGCACUGGACUUCCGGAAUCUACCUUUGCAGGUCCACAACAACAAAGUCCUAGACUAACACCAGCUGUAAAUAGGAAUAGUAAUCUACGACUGACAGUAACCUCCGCACCAGUCAGGGACCCGGAUAUUAACCAGAAAGGGGAGAUAAAUCCACCUAGUCCCAACAAGAAAACGGCAAGUCAGACAGAUCCUGUCAAGAAAAGCGAGCAACAAGGACCAAGCAGGAACGUGAAUCCCGUGAAUGCAAUCGAUUACAAACACAACGGGUAUGGGAAGAAUAUUUAUGAUCCAAUGGCUGGUCGAUCGGCUCCUCAGGAAUUAAACCCCUCAAAUCAGUUUGAGACCGGAAUGAUUCGCCCUAUGCCAAAAUCAGGAAGUUCCUUCAGUCUCACAGGAGGUGGAAAAGACCCCGGAAGUAACAUGUACAGCGGAACUGCACCACUUCAAUACAACGCGGCGAACCUCGGUAUAAUCGAUUACGGCCACCCUAAAGCAAGCGCCUUUGAGUCUCAGCCAGUUAGACGUGAGUGGUUAGGACAAAGUUCGUUAGGUCAAAGUUCAAGCAAAUCAAUGUUGAGCAUCAGUAAGAUCUAUCAUGAUAUAGGACACAGCCGAGCCAUAAUGGAACCGCCUAAGCCAUAUGAAUUCAGCUCGGAGUUCAGACUGAGAGCAACUGAGCGACCGAUCCCAACUUAUCGUCCACCUGUAAACUCGCUAGGUCAAGUGUACAUCGACAUUGCUGGGUUCUCGGACAAUUCAUUAAAGGCUCCUCCACAUCCGAUGAAACUCAGUUCUGGAGUACCAGGACAUAUACCGGAAAUAAAAUCAACAACGCCACCUAUUGUACAGAGCACCUUAAAGGAAACGCCCAUCUCUUACAUUGAAAGAAACACGACCGAUAAAGUCAUUUCAAAUUCACUGUUGAAAAACCCAAAACCAGAAAAGAAAGAAAACCCGAUAAAUCCGGAAAAAUACAUUCCAGCCGGAAUGGUUCUUGCCAGAGGUACAAAUGAAUCUAUUUCUGUUUCCGAGCCAAAACCGUCUCCAUCCGCCCCACGACUUGGCAUCAGCUCAACAUUAAUAGGAUCAGCACCUGUAGCGCCAUCUUCGAACGUGGAGAGCAAGGUUUAUAAUCGUGAGGGAUUUAAUUUGUUCACCGGAUAUAAGCCUCAGUACAUGGUUCCGGUGAAGGAAAUUCGGAACCCCUCAUUUAAAGGAACACCAGUAUUCAGCGCAAGAUCCAGAAAAACAAAGGCUACCUGAUAACGUCAUAAACGUUUAAGUACAAGAUGCCGUGUGGAAUUGUUUUAUGCUGGAACAAUAAGGAAUGUUUUGAUUUAGAAUUUUCUAAUUAUGAGUUUAAUGCUGAGUCAUAAUUCUACUACAUCUUUAUGUAUUAGGAUUUAAAAAAAAAAAAAAAAAAAAAAACCCGAUGCAUGUGGGUUUUUUUUCCAAAACUCUGUUGCCGUAUUCCAAUUUUAAAGAUUAAUAUUUUUAUCGAAAAUGGCACCUAAAGAUAUAAAUUAAGCUACCAUGCACUUAUUUUGAAAGCAAUACUUUUUUUUUAUUUUCAGAAUUGUAUGUUUUAUACUUUAUAUUGCAAUCAUUAGUUAUAGAGUUAUAGAGGUUGUACAAAGAAAUGACAGGAAGUAGUUAUUUACUGCUGUCAUUAGAACCUCCAGAAGUGAGGGUUUUCUCUCUGUCUCUGUACGUCUUUACGAGGAACCAUGUAGCUAGAAAAUUAAAUAAUGUAAAUCAUAA